AUGAGAAUUGUGUUACUUUCGUAUAUUUUUAGUUUAAUUUCGACACAUUGUUCUAUGAUAGAAGCGUUUUAUGUGUCUACGUCGGUCCCUGGACACGUAGCGGAUAUACUAAAAGGUGUAAACGAUACAGAUGUUAAGUUACAUUUAAACGAAUCAAGGAGGAUAAUUGAAGGACACGAAGUCAGGACUGAAAUGCCUUAUAUGGUGUACCUGAAACUUCCAUCCAAUAAUCCAAAAUACAAGGACUACCGCCGAUGGAUCUGUGGAGGCGUCAUUAUUCACGAGGAAUACAUUCUGACGUCAGCGGCGUGUAUCGAAGACGCUAAGUACUUCUAUGUCGUAUCUGGCACUUACAAACACGACGAGAGAGACGAUCGGUUCAAUAACCCAUGCAUUAAGAACGGUGCUAAAAAGGCAAUUUGGAAAUGUAUACCAAGGAAUUACGUAUUCGACGGUCACGAAAACGAUAACAUAAGAUGGAUGAACAAUGACAUUGCCAUUGUCAAAGUUGACGAAGAAUUCGACUUCACUCGACGAGUUAGGGGUUGUGAUUUUAUACCAAAGCCCGUCGCUUACAAUAAUUAUAGUACCAAUCUUGAAGAGCCAGGCGUUCGGGCCAAUAUCGCCGGCUGGGGUACUACCAAGCAUUAUGACGGUUCCGAAGGCGGGAAACCGACUCAAAACUUGCUUCAAAGCGAAGUGGAGAUAAUAAAUAAGGACCGAUGCAAAAGAAGAUGGGGCAAACGUUACUACAAUAUCAUCGAUAACUACAUGAUCUGUUCUAAAGACAACGCGCCGGUGCUGAACGAAGUGUGUCGGGAGAAGUACGUGGAUUGUACUGAUAUAGAUUAUUCGGACGAGGUUGACGGAACAAGACGUGUAAUAAGUCCAGAGAAAUUAGAGCUACAUUCUGCUCAUCAUAAUAUAUCGGGGAGGAGAAACGUAGACAGCGGUGGAUUCUGUGAGAACGACCACGGUGGUCCCUUGACAUAUGGGACAGGAGUGAACUCGGUUGUCAUUGGUAUAAUCUCCGCCUGCCUCGUCAAACAGAGAUCCAAUACAUGCUAUGGCCCCUUUUUAUAUACCAGUGUUUAUAAGAACAGAGUUCUCAUCAGUUGCGCUAUCUAUAAGGAUUCCGCAUCGGGUUGCCAAAAACUAUUCAGAUCCAGCGAAACUCACCUGGAGGUCAACAUAAGUUGGGCAGAUCAUCCUGAUGGACCUGCAAAAAAUGAAAUUGCAAAUAUGCGAAGAAAAGAUGACAAGGAAAAAUUGCAGAAUAGAGCCGCGACAAUUCGUGGCGAUGUCAUCAGUACAAACAUUACAGAAGACAAUAUAAAACCACGUGAAGGAAUUAUUGUUAGAGCAUUUAAUGUAACUAAAUCGCCUUCUACAUUGAACACGACUAUUGAAAUAAAACAAUCUUAA